ACGGGCUUACCGCUCUGAUAACAAAAACUUAAUCUUGUUGGAGCCAAUUUAUGUAAUUUUUGUUUCUCCAGUAGAUUCCCACCACUACGGAGCGGCUUCUCUACAUGGAACUCCUUGCCUCCAAUAAUCGGUUUCGAGCUUCCGCCUUGCUUCUCGUCUUGCUCUUCCAGGUUACUGGACGUGUAGCUGGAGAGUCAGGCUCGUACCCUUUGGUUGUAAGCACAUGGCCCUUUUUCGAGGCUGUUGAAAGGGCGUGGAGUGCUGUUAAUAAUGGCUCCUCAGCAGUUGAUGCUGUUGUAGAAGGAUGUUCUGCCUGUGAAGAACUGAGAUGUGAUGGCACAGUUGGACCAGGUGGAAGUCCGGAUGAAAAUGGAGAAACAACCAUUGAUGCCAUGGUUAUGGAUGGGGUGACUAUGGAAGUUGGAGCUGUAGCCGCCAUGAGGUAUAUCAAAGAUGGUAUAAAAGCUGCAAGAUUAGUGAUGAGACAUACCCAACACACUUUACUUGUUGGAGAGAAGGCCUCUGCUUUCUCCAUUUCAAUGGGCCUUCCCGGACCCGAAGAUCUUAGCUCAUCGGAGUCGAUCGAAAAGUGGAACAAAUGGAAAGAGAACAAUUGCCAACCUAAUUUUUGGAAAAAUGUUGUGCCUGUCAAUAGCUGUGGCCCUUACCACUCUAAUGACCUUAUGCUUGUUGCUGAGACAACAUGUUCAGGAGAUGAUCCAAUGAGAACUGUUGGAUUAAGGUCGAAUCAUUUUGGUCUUCACAGUCACGAUACCAUAUCGAUGGCAGUAAUCGAUAAGUUUGGGCACAUUGCUGUUGGAACAUCCACUAAUGGAGCCACCUUCAAGAUCCCAGGCAGGGUGGGUGAUGGACCUAUAGCAGGAUCUUCAGCAUAUGCAGAUAGUGAUAUCGGUGCAUGUGGAGCAACCGGGGAUGGCGACAUCAUGAUGCGUUUCCUCCCGUGCUAUCAAGUCGUCGAGAGUAUGCGACUGGGGAUGGAACCGAAGGACGCUGCGAAAGAUGCAAUAUCAAGGAUUGCAAGGAAGUUCCCUGACUUCAUUGGAGCUAUUUUUGCUGUUAACAAAAAUGGUACUCAUGCUGGUGCUUGCCAUGGAUGGACAUUCCAAUACUCGGUCCGAAGCCCAGAAAUGCAUCACGCCGAGGUUUUCACGGUACUUCCCUGAUGCUGCAAUUCUCUUUUCUUUCAACAUUGAGGUGCCUAUGAUGAUGAGUCUUAUGAAUGAAACAUAAGCACUGUAAGUAUUGUGUUGGGUCAUAAGUCAUAAGCAUUAGAGUUGAAGUUGAUAUUGAGACAUUACUUUGCUGUAAAGAUCGCUGACCGUUCAUGUGGAAAAUUGAUAGGAAGAUGAGCACUGAAGCAUUUAUUUCAA